AUGGCCGAAGCAAUUGCUUUUGACAUCGCCGCAGAGCUCGUUACUAAGUUGAGCUCUCGUGCUCUCUCUCAAAUUGGACUGUGGUGGAAUCUCAAAGAUGACCUCGAUGAUCUCAAACGCACCGUCUCCACAAUCAAAGCUGUGCUUCUUGACGCAGAAGAGAAAUCGGUGACCAACAAUCUCGUCAAAGUUUGGCUUGAAGAGCUGAAAGAUGUACUUUAUGAUGCCGAUGACUUGCUUGAUGAUUUCUCUACCGAAGCUUUGCAGAAUGAUCUAAUGGGUGGGAACAAGCUGAUGAAAGAGGUACGCCUUUUCUUCUCAAGCUCAAAUCAGUUUGCUUACGGUCUCAAAAUGGGCCUGAAAAUUAAGGCUAUUAAGGCCAGAUUAACUUCAAUUGGCAGUGAGGCCAACACUUUUGGCUUCAUGGUGCGUGACCGCCCCGUGGAAACCUCUUUCAUGACUAAAAAGAGGCAGAAAACGCACUCUUUUAAAGACAAAAUAAUAGGGAGGGAAGAUGAUAAAGCGGCUCUUCUAAAACUCGUGUUAGAGUUUGAAAGUGAAGAGAAUGUUUACAUCAUUCCAAUUGUGGGGUUCGGAGGGUUAGGGAAGACUGCGUUGGCGCAGUUUGUUUAUAAUGAUAAAAUGGUCUAUGAUUAUUUUGAAUUGAGGAUGUGGGUGUGUGUUUCAGAUGUUUUUGAUGUCAAAAUAAUUGUAGAAAACAUUAUCAAAUCUAUAACUGGCCAAGCACCAGAUCAAAAUCUCGAAAUGGACCAAUUGCAAAAACAACUUCGAGAUAAAAUUGGUGGAAAAAAGUAUUUGCUUGUUUUGGAUGACAUUUGGAAUGAAGAGAGGGAAGAAUGGGUUAGUUUAAAAGAGCUAUUGGUAGGAGGGGCUAAAGGAAGUAGGAUAAUAAUAACUACUCGCUCUUUUAAGGUAGCCAAGAUCACUAGUAAAUGUCAGCCUCAUGUUCUAAAAGGCUUGUCUGAUGACGAUGCUUGGUCUUUGUUCAAAGAAAUAGCAUUUGAGCAAAGACAUGCAGACUCAACAAAUUCAGCCUUUGUGGAAAUAGGAAAACAGAUUUUGGAAAGGUGUAGUGGGGUUCCCUUAGUCAUAAGGACGAUAGCAUGUACAUUAUCUUACAAAGAAACUGAAAAGGAGUGGUUUUCUUUCAAAGAUAAUGAACUUGUUAGAAUAUCUCAGAAUGAUGGUAAAAUUCUACCUACACUUAAGUUGAGCUAUAAUCAUCUUCCAUCCCAUUUGAAGCAUUGCUUUGCUUACUGCCGACUGUAUCCAAAAGAUCAUGAAAUUCAUGUACAAACUCUUGUUCAAUUUUGGAUUGCACAAGGUUUUGUAAAGCAAUUGAAUCCAAUUCAAUCUCUGGAGGAUACCGGGUUUGGAUAUUUUAAAGACUUAGUUGAAAGAAGUUUCUUUCAAGAGGUAGGAGAAAGAUAUCCAGGGGAAGGACUAAGAUGUAAAAUGCAUGAUUUAAUGCAUGAUCUAGCUGAAUUAGUAGCAGGGUCAGAGAUUAGUAUUGUAGAUUCAAAUAAUAUUGCAAGUAAGGAUGGUGAAAAAUGUCGCCACAUAUCAAUCGAUCCUUCAUUAAUACAUUUGUUUAAGGGAAAGAAGUUGCGAACCUUAUUACUGUUUCGAAACGUGAGAACUAAAAAUUUGGCUGACGAAAUUUGGGAUUUGAUAAUUGCAAAUUGUAGAUGUUUGCGUGUAUUAAAAUUGGAUUAUUUUAAACUUGAGAAGAUUCCACGCUCAAUUUACAAGUUGAAGCAUUUGAGAUACCUUGAUCUUUCUCACAAUUCCCGUCUUAGGAUUCUUCCAAAGAGUAUUUGUAAGAUACAAAAUUUGCAAGUGCUGAAACUUGACUGGUGUCUUCGGGUUGAAGAAUUACCGAAGAAGAUGGAAAAAUUGGUGAAUCUUACCCAUUUUGGGUGUAAAAGUUGUUAUGAAUUAACUCAUAUGCCAUUUGGUAUAGGAAAGUUGAGUUCCCUUGAAACGUUAAGCAUGUUUGUAGUGGAUAAAGAUGGUUCCCAUGGCGGUGCAGAUCUAAGUGAAUUGAGAGGACUUAACAACUUAAGGGGGGAGCUAGAAAUAACAAAUUUGGGAUUCGUAAAAAAUGCAAAAGAGAAGUUUAAAGCUGCUAAUUUGAAAGAGAAGCAAUAUUUGAGAUCGUUGGUUUUAGAAUGGAAUGUUGAUAUUGAUGAUGAAGAUGAUGAUGAUGAGAAGUCACUUGAAGACCUCCAGCCCCAUCCUAAUCUCAAGGAGCUCUGUAUUGGAGGAUGGAGGGGUGAUGCCAAAUUUCCAAGUUGGCUUUCUUUGCUCACAAAUCUUGUCCAUAUUAAAAUAUGGGGUCCUAGUAAUUUCAAACAUCUUCCGGCCUUUUCUCAAUUUCCUUGUCUUCAACAGCUGGACAUUCAUGGUUGUACUGAGCUAGAGUACAUGGAUGAUAAUAGCCCAAAAGGAAGUCAAGGAGAACCAGGAUCAUUUUUCCCAUCGCUUAAAUAUCUUUGCCUCGAGAAUUGCCCAAAUAUGAAGAGUUGGUGGAGGAAAAGGUCAACUGAUGAUUCCAACGAGGACGACACAACAGUAAUGGCAUUUCCUUGUCUUUCCUCUUUAAAAAUUGAAAAUUGCCUUUUGACUUCAAUGCCAUUGUAUCCUUCACUCGAUGAUAAGCUAGAGUUGGUGAAUACCAGUUCGAGGCCGUUAAAGCAGACUAUGAAGAUGAACAUGAAUGCUAAGACCCCAUCAAGUUCAACCUCUUCUCUUCCUCUCUCCAAAUUGAAAUCUUUCCAUGUAGACAACAAUGAGGGACUGGACACUCACACGCUAGAUGAGUGCCUGCAACAUCUCACCAGUCUCAAAAGAUUAGAAAUUUGGAAUUGCAAGGAGGUUGACUUAGAGGGCAUGCACUGGGAAUCCCUUAAGAAUCUCUCUCAUUUGAUGAUAAAUAAUAUUCCACAGCUGGUGUCUCUCCCCCUUGGGCUUCAACAUCUUGUUCAAUUGAAAACAUUAAAAAUCCUUAAUUGCAGUGGAUUGAGGUCGCUCUUUCCUGUGUUGGAACAUCUCACUUUCCUUGAGGAUUUUGAAGUGAGGGACUGCAAGGAGCUGGAGCUAUCAGCAGCUGACUUCCGAAUAUUCCAAGAUCAUACAAGCCUACGCUACCUAUCGCUGGUAAUGAUUCCAAAAUGUCGGCAUCUUCCGGAGUGGCUUCAAGAAUUCCAUAAAAAUAGGAGAAACUCCCCAAUUGAGGGAAAGAUGUAA